AUGUACACCUUCGUGGUGCGCGACGAGAACAGCAGUGUCUACGCCGAGGUCUCCCGGCUGCUCCUCGCCACCGGCCACUGGAAGAGGCUGAGGCGAGACAAUCCCAGGUUUAACCUGAUGCUGGGAGAGAGGAACCGGCUGCCCUUCGGGAGACUGGGUCACGAGCCCGGGCUGGCGCAGUUGGUGAAUUACUACAGGGGGGCUGACAAACUGUGCCGCAAAGCUUCCUUAGUGAAGCUAAUCAAGACAAGCCCAGAACUGGCUGAGUGCUGCACAUGGUUCCCUGAGUCUUAUGUGAUUUAUCCAACUAAUCUCAAGACUCCAGUUGCUCCAGCGCAGAAUGGAAUCCAGCCACCAAUCCAUAACUCAAGGACAGAUGAAAGAGAAUUCUUCCUGGCUUCUUAUAACAGAAAGAAAGAGGAUGGAGAGGGCAACGUCUGGAUUGCAAAGUCAUCAGCUGGUGCCAAAGGUGAAGGCAUUCUCAUCUCCUCGGAGGCCUCAGAGCUUCUCGAUUUCAUAGACAACCAGGGCCAAGUGCACGUGAUCCAGAAAUAUCUUGAGCACCCUCUGCUUCUGGAACCGGGUCAUCGCAAGUUUGACAUUCGAAGCUGGGUCUUGGUGGAUCAUCAGUAUAAUAUCUACCUCUAUAAAGAGGGUGUGCUUCGGACUGCUUCAGAACCAUAUCAUGUUGAUAAUUUCCAAGACAAAACCUGCCAUUUGACCAAUCACUGCAUUCAAAAGGAGUUCUCAAAGAACUAUGGGAAGUAUGAAGAAGGGAAUGAAAUGUUCUUCGAGGAAUUUAAUCAGUACCUAACAAGUGCUUUGAACAUUACCCUAGAAAGUAGUAUCUUACUACAAAUCAAACAUAUAAUAAGGAGCUGCCUCCUGAGCGUGGAGCCUGCCAUCAGCACCAAGCACCUCCCUUACCAGAGCUUCCAGCUGUUCGGCUUCGACUUCAUGGUGGAUGAGGAGCUGAAGGUCUGGCUCAUUGAGGUCAACGGCGCCCCUGCUUGUGCUCAGAAGCUUUAUGCAGAACUGUGCCAGGGCAUCGUGGACAUAGCCAUAUCCAGUGUCUUCCCACCCCCAGACGUGGAACCGCCGCAGGCCCCACCCGCCGCCUUCAUCAAACUGUGACGGAGGGAUGCUCAGAGCUGCCUUGGAAAAAGCCCAGGGUCCUGCUCCAGGGGACAGUGAAGUGACUGGAUCGCAUAUUAUCAAGCCAAAGUGAGGGGGAAGAAAGGCAACUCGCAAAGACGGGAUGGAAGAGAGCAUGUGAGCAGAGGAGGUGACUCCCCCAAAGCGGGUUGCUUGGGUCCCAGGUAGAGCUCUCAACAAUGCUGCCGAGACUUUUGAAAACUGAAGCAAAUGUCUCUGAGGGGAGAGCAACAUAUUCUUCUAAGGGGAAAAAAACAGGGAUUUUGUUGUUUUAUGUUCUC